AUGCCGACGAACAAGAAGCCUGCUGCUGCAGCUGCUGUGCUGAAAAAGCCCAGUGCCAAGACAAAAGAGGCCCAGACAAAAGAGGAGGUCCUUGAAAACAUGGACGCUGACCAUGACGAGGGCGAACACGGUGAAGAGGAGGAAAGAACAGAGGACCCCUUGGUCGACCCACAGGAGAAGCUUGCCAAGGCUGUCACCAAGUACCCCUUUACACUCAAGAACGUGAAAAAGCACACAGAUUUGAUGGAGGCUCGGGGAUGGAGUGCGACUGAGCUGCACGAGGCAUUCAGGAAGUUGAAGCCCGCCGAGCAACAAGCUCUUUGGAAACUCUUUGAACGCGAUCGCAAAGCCAACAAGGUGGAUGAGGACUUUAAGAAGUUGACGAAUGGCUCUGGUGCCACGAACAAGAAGCACGAGUUCUUACGUGGGUGGCUCAGCGACGGCUGCUCCGUGGGCCCGAGCUUUCGCAAAGCUCAGUUGGCCUUUGAGGCCCUGGACCGGCACAAGACAGAGGUGCAGUGGAUCUCGUGGAAGCAGGUGUGCAAGAAGUUCGGCAAGAAAGAAGCACUUCAGAGACUCGAGAACGGAUCGUUGAAGUACAGACGGAAUUUUUUGGAGUUCAGACACGUGCAAGAAAGCUUCUCGCAUGAGCACGUCAAGAAGAGAAAGACCCAGGUGGAAACCGAGGGUGGCAAGGUGGACAAGAAACUCUUGCACGACAUGGAGGGCCUGAAGAUCGAGGAUGUGACGGCCGAGGACUUCGAGAUGCAGACCGCCCUGGAGAGCAUGGAGGUGGACGAGGACGUGAAGAACUUGAUCCUGACCAAGAUCGGAGCGACUGAGGGCAGCUCUGGGGCUUCCUCUUCCAGCUCCUCCUCUGCAGAGAAAAAGAAGAAGAAGAAGCUCAAAGUGAAGAUCUUGAAGAAAGCUUCGAAGGACAGCUCGACCAGAUCUAGUGAGAAAGACUGGGAGAAAACCUCCCAGCGGGGAGAUGCUGACGGCAAGCCCGAGUUCAAGAGCAAGAUCGACAGCUUUCUGCAGGAGAUCCAGAAGGACACUGACUUUUUCAAGGCCUUGAAGCUUGAGAAGGCCGACGCCGACGAGAAGACCUUCGUGAAGAAGACCCAGACCUCUUUGGAAGGUGCCUUGCAGACCCUUCAAAAAGCCCGCAAAACCCUGAAGCUUGAGGAGGUGAAGGAGGCCCUGGUGGCCGGCUUGAAUGCCCUCAAAAAGAGCAAGACGGCGAAGGCCAUGGAUUGCUGCAAGGACAAGAAGAGGAAGAGCAAGGACUGA